CUUGUGCGUUGUUAGCCGGUGGGAGAGUGUGGCAAGUCGGGAAAUUGACAAACCUAGCCAGCGAGAAAGAACAGCUUGUAGGGGCAACAAUACAUAUAUUCUUGACGUUGUAGCCCAAAAUGAGUUCAAUUGGCACCGGGUAUGAUUUGUCUGCAUCUACAUUCUCCCCAGACGGGAGAGUUUUUCAAGUUGAAUACGCCAUGAAAGCAGUAGAAAACAGCAGCACAGCCAUUGGGAUCAGGUGCAAAGAUGGGGUGGUGUUUGGAGUUGAAAAGCUUGUCCUCUCCAAGCUGUAUGAAGAGGGUUCAAACAAACGCAUCUUCAACAUCGACCGGCAUGUGGGAAUGGCGGUGGCAGGACUCUUGGCAGAUGCGCGAUCUCUUUCGGAAAUUGCGCGAGAGGAGGCUUCCAACUUCAGGUCCAAUUAUGGUCAUGACAUUCCCUUGAAGCACCUUGCUGACAGAGUGGCCAUGUACGUGCACGCGUACACCCUGUACAGUGCGGUCAGGCCCUUCGGGUGCAGCUUCAUGCUGGGGUCGUAUGACGAAGACGAUGGUCCCCAGCUGUAUAUGGUGGACCCUUCAGGAGUUUCUUACGGUUACUGGGGAUGUGCUAUUGGAAAGGCAAGACAAGCUGCAAAGACAGAGAUUGAAAAACUCCAGAUGAAAGAACUGACCUGCAGGGAACUGGUAAAAGAAGUGGCUAGAAUAAUCUACAUUGUCCAUGAUGAAGUAAAAGAUAAAGCCUUUGAACUGGAACUCAGCUGGGUUGGAGAAGUAACAAAGGGCAGACAUGAACUGGUACCGAAAGACAUCAAAGAGGAAGCCGAGAAAUACGCUAAAGAAUCUCUAGAAGAGGAGGAUGAAUCUGAUGAUGAUAAUAUGUAAAGCACUCUGUUCAGCAUUUUCUUUAAUGUUUUCAUAAAAAAAACUAUCUUAAAUAAAACUGUUGCAAUUGA